CUUCUGUCAAAUGCUCUACAGAAUGCUAACCUACGCAAAGCUUCAUACAGACUUCCAGAUGGAUCGCUUUUGAGAAAGAGUUCUGAACCGGAACCAGAGCAAUCAAUAUCGUCCCAUUUGUCGAAUGCUUUACAGAAUGCUAAUCUUCGAAAUGCUUCCUAUCGUCUGCCUGAUGGAUCAAUCCUGUUCAGAAACCAGAAAAAAGAACAGUCCUCAUCUCCAAUGCUUUCUGGUGCACUUCUUAAUCAAAACCUUCGUAAAGCUUCUUAUAGACUGCCUGAUGGCUCAAUCUUGACCAAGGGCAGAACUGCACAGAGUGAUAAACUGUCUUCUCCCUUUCUUGGAAAUGCCUUGAAGAACUCUAAUUUACGUAACGCUUCGUACAGGCUACCCUCAGCAUUGGGGAGUUCUCCAGAGGAUCCAAGGUAUGCAGUUGUGAUGCCUCAGGUUCAGGGCCAACCUGAUCAUCACUGGGCCCAAAAUCACACAAUAGAUCCUCAGGAGCCAGACGAUGUCUGGUCUUCAGAGCGAGUCCUUCCUCAUCAUACUGUACAGAACCUCACAAAAUGGUCCAUAUAUAGGGAUGAAGAUUUGGUGGACUUUAUGGUUCCUGUGUACCCUGGGCAUGAGGCAGAUCACACUGAGCCAGAGUGGGCACCAGACAGGGAGGGUGAGCCAAGAGGGCAGUGGUAUGAUAAGAUGUACUCAAUCCGAAGUCUGCCAACAAUGGUGUACCGGGAACAAGCUGAGGAGGAUGGGAUUGAGGACAUGACGCAGCUGGAAGAACUUCAUGAAGGAACUGUUUUGCUGAACUUGAAAAAAAGGUUUGAACGUGAACUAAUUUACACAUACAUCGGAAGUAUCCUGGUGUCUGUUAAUCCCUACAAGAUGUUUAAUAUCUAUGGGACAGACAUGGUGCUGCAACACAAAGGACAUGCUCUUGGAGAAAACCCUCCGCAUCUGUUCGCUAUUGCAAAUCUGUCUUACACAAAAAUGAUGGAUGCCAAACAGAACCAGUGCAUAGUCAUCAGUGGGGAGAGUGGAUCAGGUAAAACUGAGGCCACAAAGCUGGUCCUACGUUACCUAGCUGCUAUACAUCACAAACACAACAUUUCUCAGCAGAUUGAGAUUCUAGAAGCAGCUCCUCUCUUAGAAUCAUUUGGAAAUGCCAAAACUGUCAGGAAUGAUAAUUCAAGUCGAUUUGGGAAAUAUGUGGAGAUCUUUUUGGAGGAGGGAGUAAUCAGCGGUGCCAUAACCUCACAGUAUCUACUUGAAAAGUCCAGGAUUGUAUUUCAGGCCAAAAAUGAAAGGAACUAUCACAUUUUUUAUGAGAUGCUCGCAGGCCUUCCUUCACAGCAAAAACAGUCCUUCUACCUCCAGGAGGCAGAGACUUACUAUUACCUCAAUCAGGGUGGGGACUGCGAGAUCCUGGGUAAGAGCGAUAAGGAGGACUUCCGCAGGAUCCUCAGCGCCUUGGAGAUCCUCCACUUUAGUGCCGAAGACCAGAGCAGCAUCUUCAGAGUCUUGUCUUCCAUCCUCCAUCUGGGAAAUGUCUUUUUUGAAAGAUAUGAGAGGAAUUCCCUGGAGAUGGCAUCAGUGGUGAGCGCCCAGGAGAUCAGAGUGGUGGGUGAACUUCUGCAGAUUUCUCCAGAAGCUCUGCAAAAAUGUAUCACCUUCAAAGUCACGGAGACAAUGAGAGAGAAGAUCUACACUCCUCUGACGGUGGAGAAUGCAGUCGAUGCCAGAGACGCAGUUGCCAAGAUCCUGUACUCUCUGCUGUUCAGCUGGUUAACAGACCGGAUCAAUAAACGGGUUUACCCUAGAAAUGAUGCACUGUCUAUCUCCAUUCUUGACAUCUAUGGAUUUGAGGACCUCACCUUCAACAGCUUUGAACAGCUUUGCAUAAAUUAUGCAAAUGAGUACCUCCAGUUCUUUUUCAAUAGGAUUGUUUUCAGGGAGGAACAAGAAGAAUACAGCAGAGAGCAAAUCAGGUGGGAUGAAGUGCCUUUCAGUGACAAUCAGGCCUGUAUUGAUCUAAUUUCUGCAAAGCCUCAUGGGAUACUCAGAAUCCUUGAUGACCAGAGUGGUUUUCCUCAGGCAACAGAUCACACUUUCCUUCAGAAGUGUCAUUAUCAUCAUGCUGACAACCCACUGUAUUCAAAGCCAAAGAUGCCUCUCCCUGAAUUUACCAUUAAACACUUUGCUGGAAAUGUCACUUACCAGGUCCACAAGUUUUUGGACAAAAAUUACGAUCAAGUCCGCCAGGACGUCCUCGACCUUUUCAUGCAAAGCAAAAACCAGAUGGUGGCUACCCUAUUCAAGAGCCAUGCAGAAAUCCUCAGUCAAUAUAAAAACCAGAUGAAGAAGAACAGCACGAUCACACGACGCCACCAAGCCUCAACGGUCGCAGCCAAAUUCCAGACAUCACUUCUGGAGCUUGUUGAGAAGAUGGAGAGAUGCAACCCAUACUUUGUGCGCUGUAUUAAGCCAAACAAUAACAAGGCGCCUGGUGUGUUUGAUAUGGAGCUGGUCAGUGUUCAGCUCCGUUACUCUGGGAUUCUGGAAACCAUCCGGAUCAGAAAGGAGGGCUAUCCUAUCAGAAUUCCCUUUGACAUCUUCCUCUUCAGGUAUAAGGCAUUGCUGGGUCUGAAGCAGCCUCCCCCACCAACUGGCGAGAACUGUGCCUACAUGCUGAGGAGGCUUUGUCCAGUCAGGCCAGGAGCGUUUCAAGUUGGUGUUACAAAGCUGUUCAUGAGAGAGAACAUCUAUCAAGUGCUGGAGAGUAAGAGAGACCGUGUCAGGCAUGUGGCAGCGUUAACGCUGCAGCGUUACACUCGGAUGUUCUUCGUGCGAAAACGCUACGUGGCCUUCCGUAUGAAGAUUAUCAGACUCCAGGCCCACUGUCGCGGCUACCUCGCUAGGAAGCGGUACGUGAAGAUGAGAGCGAGUCUAAUCAAAUUCCGCUCGCUAAUUCACAUGUACGUCAACCGCAAGAGAUACAUCAAGAUGAGGUUGGAAGCGCGAAGAAAGGCCGAAGAGGAAAGAAUAAGACUUGAAAUGGAGCUGACGAAACGGGAGGUGGUUAACGUCACUCACCUGGCCAUUCCGGCAGAACUCGGAGGGCUACUGCAAGCAGCUGCAGGUGGUAGAGAGCUCCAUUCAGAUUGCCUUGCACUUGUCCAGGCCCCGACAGUUCAGGUGGAAAGUCAGCUCACUCUGCCUCUAGACAUCAACAACUACUGCAUCUCCAAAUUUAUCCAAGUUCAUUUCAGGGAGCCGAAGUUUGGCAUGCUGAUGGCACCUUUAAAGACAUCUCUCACACAUGUGGAAGACGAUUUCAAUCAAGAAGCACUGGAUAUUUUUACUAUGAUACUGAGAUUCAUGGGUGACCCCAAUCUGAAUGGAGCUCAGGAAAACCUAUUUGGGAACUAUAUCAUCCAGAAAGGGCUCACCAGUCCAAACCUCCGAGACGAAAUCCUAUGUCAAAUUGCCAAUCAGGUUUGGAGGAACAGUAACCCGGACAACGCUGAGAGGGGCUGGCUGCUGCUGCUGGCGUGCUUGAGUACUUUCGCGCCCUCGCCAAAAAUGGAAAAAUAUCUCUUGAAGUUUGUGUCAGACCAUGCUUAUGAUGACUAUAAGGCCAUUUGUCAACAUAAGCUUAUACAAGCCAUGCAGAAGUCCCUGUAUGGACCAGAGACAGCAAGGACCUAUCCCCUGUCCCUGCUGGAGUGGACAGCCAAUAGGAAGAAAGCAAACAUGGUUUUGCAAGUCCACUGCUUUGAUGGGACCUCCUUCCUCUGUCCUGUGCACUCCUGGACCAGUGGAGAGGAUCUAGCCGGAGACGUACUUCAGCACAGAGGAGUGGCUGAGGGCUGGAGGGGUUAUUCCAUCAUCAUGAAAGAGCAAGGGCAGUGGGCGGAGCUUGCGGGUCACGAUUACGUCAUGGAUCUGAUAGCGGAUUUGGAGCUGAUGCGAGAUUUUCCCAAGCAGAAGUCCUAUUUCAUCAUCUCAGCAGAGAGUCCCACCAAGACCCGGCCCAACGCCAGCCUUGCUUUGUUUGGGAGUGGAUUUGAUUCAGACGAUGAAAACCCUCUGGUACUUAGUCGUCAAGGCCUGCCCAGCUCCAGCAUCCCUGACUCAGAUGGAUACUACAGUCACGUUGAAUCAGACUACAGUGAGGCUCCAACACAGAGGGGAAUGGAUCGUUACCUUGACAGUCUGUUUGACCCAGUGUUGUCUGAUGGCAGCGGAGAUCUGGAGAAGGCAGCGAGCAUGUCCAGCCGUAUGAAAGGUGCCGGCGGGAUUGGAGGGGAAGAUGAAGACGGGACCAAACCCCAUUCCGACAGGCCCUAUCCCCCCGGGUUACAGCCUGGCGCGGUGCCGGUUCUGCCCGUCAUGGGAGGAAUGUUGCCACCUAUACCAAUGCCAGCUAUGUCCUCUGUGCACGCUAUGCCUGACCCAAUGACCCCUGGGCCCACUAUGCCCCACACUAACGCGUCUGUGCCCGCUCUGGCCGACACUAAGACGUCUAUGCCUGAUUCUAUGGCAUCCAUACCCUCCAUGCCAGCUGUCCCUUCUAUGCCUGCUUUGCCUGCUUUGCCGCCUUUGCCAGCGCUGCCUAAUGUGCCAGGUAUGGACGUAAACAUGAUGGAAUUCCGUAUUGGCAGUGUGGACCAAAGCGUCCUGGCACAACAACAACAAGCCAUCAUCAACCAACAAGCAAUUAUACUGGCUCAGCAGAUGACAAUGCAAGCCAUGGCCCUCCAGCAGCAGAUGUAUGGUUCGGUUGGAGGGCCCCAGUAUUCUGGUCCCCAGACCCAACGCCACACGCAGGGCGACCUCAGAGGCCCGACCAGAACAGCACCACCCGAGGAUGUGGUUCGAGCCUCCAUUUCCAAUUCAGAGCACCUGGAACCCAGUCACAACAUCAAAGACAUCAUCAAACAGUACCAGCCUGUGAGCCCCACGAAAGCCAUGGAGAUGCCAAGAAAGGAGGGCAGAGUAUUUGUAAAGAAGCCAGACCCUCAUGAUGAAGCUUUGCUGAUCCUCAAAGAUCAAAUGAGAUCUCCUCCUCAGCGCAAGAAGACCUUUGGCACAUCCUCUACUCCUUCACCUGGGAAGGAACCUGUACCUGAGAGUGGACCACUGAGACCAGUGAAAAGCAUUAAGGAAAAAAGAUCACCCCCAGUGCCAGCUGUAAGUCAGAGAGCCCCUCCCCCUGCACCAGUAUCCAGAGAACUCCCAGUUGAGGAAGAGGUUGUCCAGACACAAUUACAUAGAAGAACCAGUGAAGAGUAUUACACCUACUCUAAUGUUCCCUGGAAAAUCUACCUCAGAAAAGAGGUUUUCUACCCCAAAGACAGCUUCAACCAUCCGGUGGUCCUGGAUCUUCUUUUCAAACAAAUAGUCCACGACACCUUCUCAGAGGCUUGCAUUCGGAUCACAAAGGAGGAGAGGCAAAAAAUGAAAACACUCUUUGUGGAGAACAACAUUGACCAGAGCUCCACACCUCAAGAUGAGAACAUAAAGAAAAAGGUGGUGACCGCUGCCAGGGAUACCUGGGAAAUUUACUUCUCCCGUCUUUUCCCAGCAUCUGGCAGCGUGGGUACUGGGGUGCAGGUCCUCUCUGUGUCUCACAGGGGCAUCAAACUUUUGAAGAUGGUGCGGAGCAGUGCUGUAGCACCAGAUUACUUCAGAGUCCUUCGUCCUUACAGCUAUACAGAUAUCAUGUUUGUCACCAUCCCCUCCAAGAACAUGCUGGAAUUCAAUCUCACCAACGAAAAACUUAUUCUUUUCUCAGCCAAAGCUCCUCAGGUCAAAACAAUGAUCGACUACUUUAUCAACGAGCUGAAGAAGGAUUCGAAAUAUGUGGUUGCUGUCCGCAAUUACGUCACGGAUGACCGAACCCUUUUAAGCUUUCAUAAGGGCGACAUUAUUCGGCUGCAGACAAUGGAGGGCCUGGAGGAAGGCCAAAGCUAUGGUUGCAUUGUGAAAAAGAAGGUGAUGCUUCUGGAGGAGUUAAAGAGAGACACACCUGACUUUGGCUGGAAGUUUGGAGCAAUACAUGGUCGCUCAGGAAUUUUCCCUGCUGAGUUUGUACAACCAGUUGCUGCUCCCGAUUUUAUCAAUCUCCCAGUGGAUAAGAAAGAGGAGCCCAAAAACAAGGAGGGACGUGUGGCGGCCUCUGCUGCCGUGGCUGUUGCCGUGGCGUCCACCGCGGCAGCUCAUGAAUUAGAUCGAUCCACAGAGGGGGCGCCUCCAAACACUGAGUCUGUAGAGCAACGCACUGACUACAGUAACAUGGAGAUAGAUGAAAGGAUUUUGCAUGAUGGCCAGUAUAAUAUGGUUGAGUUUGCCAAGAAAUAUUUCAGAGAGGCCCAGAGAAUGAACAGUGAUUCAUAUAAACAAAAGUCAAAGAGAGGAAAAGGAGCCAGAGAGCCAUCAGACAUGGUGAAAUUUUCCAAGUCUCCUAUCCAACAGUCCUUGAUUGAGUUCACUGAUGAAAACAUGAACAAAAUAGCAGCUGACAUUUUCCUGGCUAUAAUGAAGUUUAUGGGGGACUACCCAAUGAAAGGCCAGAGUGAACAAGAUCUUGUCAGCACUAUUUUAAGGUUAAGUGGUGAAUAUGGUCUAAUGAGAGAUGAAGCUUACUGUCAAGUCCUCAAGCAGAUCACCGGGAACACCAGCUCCAAAACAGAGAGCUGUCAAAGGGGCUGGAGACUCCUGUACAUUCUCACCGCCUACUACAGAUGCUCUGAAGUACUGAAGCCUUAUUUGCUCAAAUACCUGCGAGACGUCCACAGCAGCCCGGGAGUGCACUUCCAAGGCAUUGCUAAAGCUUGCGAGCAAAACCUGAGGAAGACAUUCCAAUAUGGCGGACGGACAGAGCAUCCCAGCAGCAUGGAACUCAAGGCUAUGCUGGCUGGUAGAAGCUCCAAGCGACAGCUGUUCCUUCUGCCUGGAGGGAUUGAACGACACUUGAAAAUCAAGACUUGCUCAGUGGCAUUGGAUGCAAUAGAGGAGCUUUGCUAUGAGAUGGGUCUUCACAGACUGGAAGCAAUGGAUGAAUAUGCAAUAUUUGUGGUCACCAACAGGGGUCAGAAUGUUCAGCCUCUGACCAAAAAAGAGUACAUUUUGGAUAUUGCCACGGAAGCUGAGCUAAUCGACAGCAACUUCACCUUCUGGUUCAGAAGAGUCAUUUGGUCCCAGCCGCUGAAAUUUGACAACGAACUUAGUGUCACCAUGCAUUACAAUCAGGUUUGCCCUGACUACAUGAAAGCUCUGCUCAAUGUCGUGCCGCGAGGGAAUGUCAGCGAACAGCAGCUUCAGCAGAUCUCUAAACUGGCUGCUCUGCAACAUCGGGCCAAGGAAUCCGUCUACCUCCCAACCAUGAGUGAGGUCCAGGAAUGCAUUCCACCCCAGCUCUUCAGCUUGCAGCGUCCUCAGCAGUGGGUAACCAUGGUCACCGUGCAUAUGCAGCAGGUCCAGGCCCUCAGUCCACAUCAGGCCAGAGCCCAGUUUUUGGGGCUUGUGAGUGCCUUCCCCAUGUUUGGGUCCUGCUUCUUCUACAUACAGAGCAGCAGUAACAGCUCCAUUGUCACUCCUUGUAUACUCGCUGUCAAUCAGAACGGCUUAAACUUCCUAAGCAAAGACACUCACGAGCUGAUGGUGAAGUUUGCCUUGAAAGAGGUGCAGUCCACUCGCACACAGAGGCCCACCGCUGGCUCCAGCUACCCUUACGUGGAGAUCAUGUUUGGGGAUCUCAUGUCUCAGAGGCUCACUCAGCUACAGCUGAACCAGAGCCUGGAGCUGUGUCGUGUCAUCGCCAUGCACAUGGAGAACCUCCUGUCCGUGCGGGAGAAGAGACUGACCUUGCCUCCCAGUGAAAUCACUCUCCUCUAA